UGGUGAUGGUGGUGGGUAGUGGUUAAUGACAGUGAUGGUGUUGGUAGUGGUAAUUGCGAUGGUGACGAAGGACAGUAGUGGCAGUGGUGGUUAGCAAUGGCAGUGACGAUACGAUGGUGGGCAGCCAUGGUGGGUAGGUCAGUGACAGGCAUCCACCACGAAGACCACAUCAUCUUGCACUACUGGCUCACUAGUUCACCUCAUACCCUCCAGAAAGUGAGACAAAACUCCCGGAGAGGGCCAGGAGGGGGCCAGGUAGGCCAGAGGCAGGGUAAGGUAGGCCUGGAGUGUGCUGGUGUAAAGCGCAUGCGCAGGUGUGGUCCAGAGUGUGGCCCGGGGCUGGUCACCACAGAGGCAGCACCACAUGCCCCACCUCCCCAGCCCUGCCCUCCAGUCGCGUCUUCAGCAGCCAGAGAGUUGUCCUCACGCACCUCUCCUCCCUCAAAAACCUCCCUCACUCUGCCCCCUCACAUCGUGCCUUCAGUGCCACCCUCGUGGGUGAUACACUUCCUCCUGUGACACUAUCCUUGUGCUAUAAUAUACUCUGGUGAAAGUUUGGGUGAGGACGUGGCAGCAGCAGCAGCAGCAGCGUCCUGUAAGUCGCCUGGCAGAGGUGUGACCACAGCUGGCAUGCUGCAUACUCUCAUGCCUUACCUGCAUGCUACUCUCUCUCCCCUACCAUCAGUCUCCUGCACCCUCAGGGACAGCUGAUGUGCCCGUGCAGCUGCGUGAAGGUGUCGCUGCAGCAGGAGCUGCACAAUAACUCCUCCCUUGCGUUGCUUCCAGCUGUUGCUACGGAGGACCCAGCGCUACCUGGAAGUCGCGAGCUAGCCCAAGACUCGGCCACCCACUGUUAUGCAGCACAGCAUCUGUCACAAGUUACGCAGCACGUUGCUACUCACAGCACCUCCUCACUCACAGCUCCUCGUCCCUCACAGCAACUCGUCACUCUCAACAGCUCAAGCUCACAACAGAAGCAGAGAGAGAAGUACCCCGGGGAAGUGUGAGACCAAGUGUUUGGUGACAGUGGUGGUGUCAGGUGAAGAUUGGCGCACAUACGACACAUACACCCACGGUGUUCAGAGUGUGACCAGGUUAUUUGUGUUUGUUGGUCGCAGCGGUACUAGGUAGCCUAAGGCCUAGCCAAUAGAGUGAUAGUUGUGGGCAGGUUCCCACAACCCACACGAGUGUGUUCAACAGAGAGUCUAAAGAGACCUAAUGUUUAGCGUAGACCAUUGUAGUACUUUUUACAGUGAUUGUGUGGGACCUGGUGCUUAGUGUCAGCUCGGAGUGCCAGUUAGUGGCACUGUUAGCGACCCAGCACCCAGCUGGGGUGCUCUCCCGAAGGCACUGCUGAAACCAAACAUUGCCCUUGUUUCACUUCUUACAGUCAACGUCUCGUUUAUAAGAAAUCAUUCAGAGGAAUUAAUAAGGCCGAGGCUGCGAAACUGUGGUGGAGGGCACCCUGGUGGCCCUCGAGGUGGUUGUGGUGGUCCUCGUGUCUUUAUGGAAGGAUGUGAGUGAUGUGCCCUCAGCUUGGCGACCACCACACACCCGCCCCACGCUCACACGCUCACCAGGCUGCACCAUUAAGACAGUCACUGCAUCCUACAAGUAACUGGCUGGUAUCAUGAUGGUCUCGUGUUGUUGGCGGGUGGUGGUGGUGCUGGUGUGGGCAGCAGCGACAGGGUACAGCGGAGACGUGAGUCAAACUGCUGGUGUUACAGGAAACACAGACACAGUGCGCCAGCUAGAACGAUCCCUCCUCUCCAUGUUUGGGCUAGAGCGGCGACCGCGCAACAAGAGAAACGUGGUGGUGCCGCCCUACAUGCUGGAGCUGUACAAGCUGCAGCAGGCGCAGCUGGGGGCGCCCGGGGAGCAACACCCCGAGAUUCACACUGACUCACCCAACACCGUCAGGAGCUUCAUCCAUAAAGAGAGCAAGGCGGACGACUUCUACCCUGCACACAAGAUGCGGUUCCGCUUCAAUGUGACCCACAUGCCCAUUGAGGAGAUACUGCAGUCAGCCGAGCUGCGGUUAACGCACUUGCGGCACCCUGCGGCAUCCGAUCUCCAGGAGACGCAGCCGUUAACUCAGCAGUCAAUGAAUCGUCGAGGCAGACGGUGGGCAGCGUCGGAGGCACCAUUCCUGCAGCGCAUCAUGGUCUAUGAUGUCCUGCGCCGGGCCACGCGGUUCUCAGAACCCGCCCUCAAACUUCUGGACACCCAUGUUGUGGAUGCACGUCAAGACGGAGUUCAGGCCCUCGACGUAACUGACGCUGUACGUCGCUGGAUUGCUGCUCCCAACAACAACCACGGACUGCUCGUAGAAGUGGUGCCUUUCUCCAAAAGCUCACCAUUGGACACCUCUCAUGUGCGACUCCGGAGAUCAACAGAAGAUGAUGGUUGGUCUAAGGAACAACCUCUGCUUGUUAUUCAUGCCAGCGAUGGCAACGCUAAAGUGAGAAACAAACGCUCCAGCGUCAAUAAACAUAAAAAAGGCAAACAAGUGUGUAGGAGACACCGCCUGUACGUAGACUUCAGGAAAGUUGGCUGGGACGACUGGAUUGUUGCCCCAGCUGGUUACGAUGCCUUCUUCUGCAAGGGAGAUUGUCCCUUCCCAUUGCCUGAUAGGCUAAACGCCACCAACCACGCCGUGGUGCAGACGCUCGUCAACUCCCGCUACCCUGACCGUGUCCCUAAGGCUUGCUGCGUCCCCACAGAGCUCUCGCCCAUCUCCAUGUUGUAUAUGGACGACGACGAGAGAUUCGUACUCAAAAACCACCAGGACAUGGUGGUGGAGGGCUGCGGGUGCCGGUGAGGGAAUGGUUCUUCGCUCCUGUGCAUUGAUGUUAUCAGUCAGUGAGGCUGUCCAUCCCAACAGGCUCUAAGUAUUCGCGUCACGCCCUCGCUAGUUCCACCCGGCAAUGUGAUAUAUCAUUUAUUUAAAUUUAUAUACGAAGUUGAGGCUCUUUUUAAGCAAGUGAGUGGUCGAGACGGGUGCUUGCAUCGAAGUCCCAGUAGAGACUUAGAGUCGCGAAGAGGCACAAACAGCACGAGUGACAGACGUAAGGCACUGGCUAAUGUAGUCACUGUUCAGAAUGGAUGACAGUAAAGCAAGGAAGGAAAUGAUAUAGGGAAUGUAGGGCUAGUUGGUCACUAAAUCCAUUUAGGCUGAUACGUAGUGAAGCUAGGGAGAAGGAAAGGACGUAGGAGGGCUGGGGGCUAAUGGUCACUUAGUGUUGCUCAGGCUGGUGGACAGUGAAGCUAGUCUGCCGCAAAGAUAGCGUCGGUAUCUGAAACAGAUGCAUAACGCAAAGACAUAACCAGGGUAUUAAACAGUGCCAUAAAACAGUGUAGUGGACGAGGUUAGAGACGAAAGGUCUCGCACAAAAGACUUGCGGCUGGUGGAGGCUGCUAGCCAGAGCACGGACCAAAGAUAUGAGUGAGGGUUCAGGGGGACCAGGGCACGGGCUUGGUAUAUGAUAACGAGUGAGUAGAUACGAACCGGGGUUCACAGUGCUGGAGUAACAGUUCAACAAGCGACACCGGGAAGAAUAAUCGUCACACUGGACACUAAUGUGCAUAGGAAAGGCGACGCGACGAGGCCUUCCCAUGUUAUAACCUAAGACCAGCAGAGUUUCCGUUGUUUGCCUGGAAUAUGGCGCUCCAGCACCCAGCGUUCAAUCUCUUAAAAUGAACACCAAUGUAAAUAUAGUGAUAUUACGUAUGUGGGCCCCGGAUGGGAGUGAGUGGGGGGCCCAUAUAGUGUUAAGCCUAGGGGCCCUCCAGUGACACGAGAGUCGGGUCCAAGUCCCUAUGUUCCUAACUCCACACAUAUGUAUUUAUUCUUUGUAUUAUACUCUACCAAUAUAAAAUUUGUACAGAUUUAUAUAUAUAUUUAAAAUGUGAAUAUAGUUUAUAAGAUAUUUUGUAAAUACUCAAAA